UAAACCGCAACGCAUCGCUUACCGUCGGAUGUAGACCCCAGACUCUCCUCGUUUCACCCAUAGAACAAGAAAAAGACCUUAGGAAAAUGGAGAGUCUUUGUCCCGAAGCAGCUGAAACCAUAGCCAGCAACGAAGACCUCCUUGCACAUAUCCUUCUUUGCAUGCCCCCUAAAUCUCUGCUCCGCUUCAAAUCCGUCUCCAAGCACUGGCUCGCUCUUAUCUCCUGCCCCAACUUCUGCAACCGCCAUGCCCUCCAAAACCCAAAUUCCAAGGUCUCUGCCUUCUUCGCCCGGACCAUAAUAUCUCAAGAAAUCUUCUUCACCUCUCUCGGCAACGACGAAAAUGCAUCUGGGUUUCGCUCCAAACCUCUCAAUUUCGUCGGCGACCCACGGGGCGUCGAGAUUCUGCAGUCCUGCAACGGCUUGCUCCUGUGUUGCUCCUCCCUCAGCACGACCGGCAGGUACUACGUUGUCAAUCCCACAACCAGUAAGUUCUCAACGUUCUUUUUUCCAGCUGCUACUAAAUCGACAACCGUUUCGGGUGUCGCUUUGGCUUUCGAUCCUGCGAAAUCGAUUCAUUACAAGGUUGUCGUCGUUAGUACCAUUUCUGAGUCAGUUGGAGGUUACCAAUUUAAGGUCUUUUUGUCUGAGACCCGAAGUUGGAAGGUUUUUCGGGCUAAUUUCCCUGCGAAAUUCGACAUGAACUUCAGCCGUGGAGUGCACUGCAAUGGACUAAUUAGUUGGAUUGGCGAUGCAAGUAAAGUUUUGCUCUAUGACACAGAUGAACAUCGUUUCAGGACUGUGCCAAGUCCGCCGGGUCACGGCGGCUACCGAUGGCAUAGAUAUUUUGGGGAGUCUUGUGGCCAUUUGCAUCUUAUCGAAAUUUCUAGGCCGCAACUUUCGCAAUUUGAGGUGCUCGAGAUGGAGAAGGACUACUCUGGUUGGUUUGUCAAGUACAAUGUCGACCUUAAUGCCAUAAGCUCUGCAUUUCCGGAGAUGGUAUUGUUCUGGUUUGAAUUGAGGUAUAAUGAUCCACUUUGGGAUUAUAUUGGGCAUGAAAGUUACAACGUCUUUCAUUCGUGGUCAAGGUUUGCUUGGUCAUCUAGACUUAAAAGAUAGCAGAUGGCCAUUGACACUAGCUAACCAACUGAGAGAGCUGCCGUAGAUGAAUUAGUUGCGGCAAGAGCGGCUAGUUCACUAGCUGAUAGAGAUGCCCAGAUGCUUGAAUUAGUUGCGGCAAGAGCGGCUAGUUCACUAGCUCAUAGAGAUGGCCCUGAUGCUUCUUCAGGAAGAGCUGCAAAGGCGAAGAGCGGAUCUAAGCCUAGUAGCUCAGGUAAUUAGAGAGGUUUUCCUAAAUAUACUUUUAUUCCUUAUUUGGUAAUACAUAUAUAUGCAGUACGCACUUUUGAGUUAUAAUUAUGGGACUUGAUUAUUUGUUGGAAUCAGUGUCUUUCAUGGUGUGGAAUUUUAGAGAAAUUGAUAAAACACCAUGUCAACCUGGACAUCUACAAAAUUUAAUUUAAAGUAUAAAUAUGUAAUUUACAAUUUUCACUUCUUUCUAUUUUUCCUCCUCCGUGACGAAGAUAGAAUUCUGAAUGAAAUUUGUUUUUUCUUUUUAUUAAACGCGAGAAGAAAUAACACGAGAAAAAGAAA